GGACUCAAAGGGUGGGCAGUUGUUAGAGAAUGAAGAAGAGUGUGAGAGGAGGUUUUGGAGAAGAAGGUGGUGUUGCUGAUGAGUUGAUCACACCAAAAGCGACCCAAGUUGAGGCUCAUUUUGCAUGAGAUUUGUAAUAUCGGUUCAACUUCCACAGUCAAAUUCACAAUCUCUCAUUUCACAUACUUGCUCCUCAUACAAUAUCCAUUUUCUCCAUUUUCUGUUUCUCAUAACCUCUUCCACUCCUCCUCAUCGUCCUUGUUCAGAUCUUCCAUAACCUUCUCCGCCAAGCCACAUCUUUGCCUCACAUAUAUCAUGUUCUGUUUUCUUCUAUAAAUUUUCAUUUCUUCGGUUUGAUUUUUCCUCAUCUUUUAUUUUUGUUUUUGACUUUUCUAAAUCUUUUCUUUCCGAGUAUAAGGGCUGAAAAAGAGAAAUUAUAAAUGAGGAACUCUGCAAAUAAUGCAAUGAUGGAGAUAGAAGCAAGCAAACCACCGGCGAUGGGGUAUGUUGCAGGGGGCUUGAGCCCUCUGAGUGAAACUCUGUGGAAGGAGAGGACUGAUACAGAAUUUGUAGGGGACGUGUCAGCAAGGCUCACUUGGAAGGAUCUGACUGUGAUGGUAACGCUCAGCAAUGGAGAGACCCAAAAGGUUUUGGAAGGACUAACUGGUUAUGCAGAGCCCGGGACCUUUACUGCACUCAUGGGUCCUUCUGGUUCAGGAAAAUCGACGCUUCUUGAUGCUUUAUCCAGUCGACUUGCUGCCAAUGCAUUCCUCUCUGGCUCCAUCCUCCUCAAUGGUCGAAAGACAAAGCUCUCCUUUGGGACUGCAGCCUACGUGACUCAAGAUGACAACUUGAUUGGUACUCUCACAGUAAGGGAGACAAUCUCAUAUUCAGCUAGACUACGCCUCCCUGAUAAGAUGCGUUGGUCAGAGAAGCGUGCAUUGGUGGAGAGUACUAUAAUAGAAAUGGGUCUUCAAGACUGCGCGGAUACAGUUAUUGGCAAUUGGCAUUUGCGUGGGAUAAGUGGAGGGGAGAAGAGAAGGGUCAGCAUUGCUCUUGAAAUCCUGAUGAGGCCGAGACUACUUUUCCUUGAUGAGCCAACAAGUGGACUUGAUAGCGCAUCGGCCUUCUUUGUAACCCAGACUUUACGUGGCUUAUCUAGGGAUGGGAGGACUGUCAUAGCUUCAAUCCACCAGCCUAGCAGUGAAGUUUUUGAGCUGUUUGAUCGGUUGUACUUGCUUUCUGGAGGCAAAACUGUUUAUUUUGGUCAGGCUUCAGAAGCAUAUGAGUUCUUCGCACAAGCUGGCUUUCCCUGCCCUACUCUGAGAAAUCCAUCUGAUCAUUUUCUUCGGUGCAUAAAUUCUGAUUUUGACAAAGUUAAGGCCACUCUGAAAGGAUCCAUGAAACUAAGGUUUGAGAUAAGUGAUGAUCCUCUAGAGAAGGUAACCACAGCUGAAGCUAUCCGAACUCUCAUUGAUUUCUAUCGCACUUCUCAGUACUCUUAUGCAGCAAAAGAAAAAGUUGAAGAGAUAUCCAAAGUUAAAGGAACAGUGCUAGAUUCAGGAGGCAGUCAGGCUAGUUUCUUGAUGCAGGCCUUUACCUUAACCAAGCGUUCGUUCAUCAACAUGUCCAGGGACUUUGGGUAUUACUGGCUGAGGCUAGUAAUCUACAUUGUGGUCACUAUUUGCAUUGGAACCAUUUACUUGGACGUGGGGACGAGUUACAAUUCCAUUCUGGCAAGGGGUUCAUGUGCGUCUUUUGUCUUUGGUUUCGUCACGUUCAUGUCUAUUGGUGGGUUUCCAUCCUUUGUAGAAGAUAUGAAGGUUUUCCAAAGGGAGAGACUGAAUGGUCAUUAUGGCGUUACAGCAUUUGUCAUCAGCAACACAAUCUCUGCAAUGCCGUUCUUGAUUUUGAUCACCUUUAUAUCUGGAACUGUUUGCUACUUCAUGGUCCACCUCCACCCGGGCUUCUUACAUUAUCUAUUUUUCGUGUUGUGCCUUUAUGCGAGUGUCACUGUAGUUGAAAGCUUGAUGAUGGCAAUAGCCAGUGUUAUCCCCAACUUCCUCAUGGGUAUCAUCAUAGGAGCUGGAAUUCAGGGAAUAUUCAUGCUUGUUUCUGGCUACUUUAGGCUGCCUAACGACAUCCCGAAGCCUGUGUGGCGUUAUCCCAUGUCUUACAUCAGCUUUCAUUUCUGGGCUCUACAGGGACAAUACCAAAAUGAUUUGAAGGGGCUGAUGUUCGAUAACCAGACACCGAAUGGUCUUCCCAAGAUUCCUGGAGACUAUAUUCUGGAGAACGUGUUCCAGAUUAAUGUGAAGCGAUCAAAAUGGAUAGAUCUGAGCGUUAUCUUCAGCAUGAUUGUGGUAUACCGCAUCAUAUUCUUCAUCAUGAUCAAGAUCAAUGAGGAUGUGACCCCCUGGGUGAGAGGUUACAUAGCAAGGAGAAGAAUGCAGCAGAAGAAUGGAAACCAGACAACAACAAUCGCUCCAGAUGGCCUUACACAGUCCCCUUCUCUUAGGUCCUAUGUGGCCACAACUGGGACUGGUAGUAAAAGGUAGAAGAAAGAGAAUUAUGAUGCCAGUCUAUUUCACUUCCAACAACAAUGUAAUAGAGAAUUUACUCCAUCUAAUAACCAUUACUUGGAGAUAAGGGGAUUCUGCAUCAACUUGUUAUAUGAAUUUUGUCUUUCUGCCACUACCCAAAAAUCUUACAUAUAUAUCUUCUCA